CUCUGAUCAAUAGGAGCAUUAGCCAGCAGGUCGGAGGACGCGAGACGCUUCUGAGCUGAGAAUGCCAUCUCGUCUGCGUCAGUGUGUGCUGAGCGCGCUCCUGUUGAGUCUGCUGCUGUUUCUCAGCUCUCUGUGGCUGCCUCAAGGAACGGUUCAGAGUUGUGAGCAGUCGUGGCGGCCUUGUCUAAGCGUGUAUGCGCCAACCAGACAGGUGGCUCCCGCUGCCGUUCCCAAGGAGCUGGGAGGAAAUGACAUCAUCGGAGAAUGCUCCGGACAGCAGUUCCAGGUGUCCCGCCUCCUGCUGCACCUAAGCUCCGCCCUCGGCCCCGCCUCCGACGUGCUGCUGGAUCCCUAUCUGCUCUGCUGGGAGGAGCUCAUCAAGUUUAUGGAGGCUCUGGGCCCUCUGGUGGGCUUUUUCACUCAUAAAGUUGAGGAGAAGAUCACACUCAUCCGACAGCUUUCGCUGGAAGAAUCCGCCAGACUGAACGCAACAGCCGAUGAGCGUGUAGCCCCGCCCCCUCCGCACGCCUACCGCUCCGUGCGAUCCAUGCUGGAGGCGGAGCUUCAGAGGGGCGUGGUCUCAUUCGACACGCAAACGCCCUCCGGCAGUCGGACUUUGCUCCGCCUCCACCGCUCGUUGCUAUGGCUACAGCUGCUGCUGGAGAGGCUGGGGACGGAGCGCGAGGGGCGGAGCCUGGGCGAGCUUUGCCGCGAUGCAUACCUGGAGGUUUUAGCGCCGCAUCACCCCUGGCUUGUGCAGCGCGCGGCGGAGCUGGUGUUUCACGCGAUGCCCGACCGCAGCGCGUUCCUGCAGCUGGUGUGCGUGCGCACGCAGGAGGAGGCGGAGCCUGUCAUGCGCGUCGUCGUCGCAGCAAUCCGCGAAAUUCACCGACGGACUCAGAAAGAGCUGGAGAUCAGAAACAUGUUGGACCUGCCUUAACACACACAAACAAACACUCCCGCGCAACAUGAGAAGGAUUCUGAGGAUGCUUUAAAAAUGUGUAAUAUAGCCUAUCUAUCUAUUAAUAUUCUAAUGUAAGAGCGGCUAUUUGUAGCUUGAAUGUGCGAGACUUCACGUGUCCUUCACGUGUCCUGACCAUAGACUGUAUAAAAACAUGGACGUAGUGUCCGUGACGU